UUACCUCUUCGUCAAUGAUGCGAUUGGUUAUAAUUGCAUCAUUUUUUAUACUACUCUACAAUUUUUUCGGUACAAUAGCGGCGAGUGAUCAUAAUGUGAUGAACGUAACGGAUUCUAAUGUGGAGCGUUGUGUGAAUGACGGCGAUUGGUCAACUUCAUGUAUCUUAGGCGUUAAAAAUGUCUCAAUAGCUUUGUAUACAAGCGAUAUUCCUAAUGGACAAUUUGUUCAAGUAAACGAAUCCUGCAAUUUUUUAAAUUCCUCUACAUCAAUUUUUUUUACGACUCAUGGAUUUAUUGCAAAUAAUUCCAAUUAUAACUUAUCUGCUGUUAUUUUUCAAUUGUUAAAGAAACAAUAUACAGUAUUUUCGCUAGAUUGGUCUGACGCAGCGUGUUAUAAUGACCCAGCCGUCUUAAAUCUGCUUGAAUAUCCAUUCGCAGUACGUAACACUCGUAAAGUUGGUAAUUACUUGGCAAGCUAUAUUAAAUCAAUAUGCGAUACAUGCAGUGUUCCAUUCAAAAACAUCGCACUUAUAGGCCACAGUCUUGGUGCACAUAUAAGUAGCUUUGCCGCAAAAAAUCUCCAGACAUCGGGUUAUGGUAAAGUUCCGCUUCUUAUUGGUUCCGAUCCUGCGGGACCUCUUUUCAUGCUUAAAGGUCCCGAGGAUAGAUUUUCUGACACAGACGCCGAACGUGUCAUAGCUCUUCACACAUCUGCUCUCGGACUACAGAAAUCUCUAGGUCAUCUCGAUUUGUGGUUCAAUAACGGAGUAAACCAACCAGCAUGUGGUGACCAGAUAAUGGGUUCGCUGAAAGUCAAUUGCUCACAUAAUAUAUGCAUCAUGUAUUUGGCUAGUAUGUGGUCAGAUGAUUGUGCAUUUAUUGGUGUCCCUAUACCCCGUAGAAUUGGUAUUCCUGGUAUCAUACCUGGUUGUUCUGACAGUACCAACUGCAUUAUCGUGGACAACAAUAUAUUCUAUAAUAAUACUAUAGUGGGAGAUUAUUGUGUUUCUGUCGCAUCAAAAUAUCCUUUCUGUAUAAAGGAAGAUGAAUUUGAAUGUCAAAAACAAGUUACAGACAUAUUUGACACUUUAAUUUCAUUGUAAUUUCAAUAGAAAUUA